AUGGGUAACGAAGAUGCCGUCUAUCUUGCCAAGCUCGCCGAGCAGGCUGAGCGCUACGAGGAGAUGGUCGAGAACAUGAAGAUUGUCGCCUCCGAGGACCGCGACCUUACCGUUGAGGAGCGCAACCUCCUUUCCGUUGCCUACAAGAACGUCAUUGGCGCCCGCCGUGCCUCGUGGCGAAUCGUCACGUCCAUCGAGCAGAAGGAGGAGUCCAAGGGCAACUCGUCGCAGGUCAGUCUCAUUAAGGAGUACCGACUCAAGAUCGAGGCCGAGCUCGCCAAGAUCUGCGAUGAUAUCCUCGACGUUCUUGACAAGCACCUCAUUCCCUCCGCCACCUCUGGCGAGUCCAAGGUAUUUUACCACAAGAUGAAGGGUGACUACCACCGCUACCUCGCCGAGUUCGCCAUCGGCGACACCCGCAAGAACGCGGCCGACAAGUCUCUUGAGGCUUACAAGGCUGCCACCGAGGUUGCCCAGACCGAACUUCCCCCCACCCAUCCCAUCCGCCUCGGUCUUGCCCUCAACUUCUCGGUCUUCUACUACGAGAUUCUCAACGCUCCUGAUCAGGCCUGCCACCUUGCCAAGCAGGCCUUUGAUGACGCCAUUGCAGAGCUUGACACCUUGAGCGAGGAGAGCUACAAGGAUUCUACUUUGAUCAUGCAGCUUCUUCGCGACAACCUCACGCUCUGGACUUCCUCCGAGGCCGACAACGCUGGCCCUGCUGAUGCCCCCGUCAAGGAUGAAGUUCCUUCUAAUGAGCCGGCCGCCGCCCCUGAGGCUGCCCCCGAGGAAGACAAGAAGCCCGCCGAGUAA